AUGGCCGUGGUGCAUCGGCUGGCAGCAGGGUGGCUGGUGGAUCACCUGGCCUUCAUCAACCAGUGUGGCUACGAGAUCUGGGACGCCUCUCUUGUGUCCUGGCUGCAGAAACGCAAACGGCAGCAGGAGCUGAACCAGGGGGAGCUGGAGGCCCUGCACUACCACUGCAAGGUCAGGAAGCUCAUCUGGGAAGGCAGCCUGGCUUUGGUGCAGGAAGGGCUGAGGAGUGGAUUCCUUCAGCCCAGCGCUGCAGCACUGGGUCCCAAGAGGAGAGCUGUCCCUGGGCACGGUGGCUGUGGGCUGGCUGAGCUCUGUGACAUGGGCAAGCAGUUGCCAGCUGGGGGUGGAUGCCUGCAGCCAGCUGUGCAGCUGCUAGGGGAGGAGAGCUCCCUUCCAGAGCAGGCCCUGCUCUCCUGCCUGACAGAGAACAGCUCCAGCUCUGCCAGGAUCCUGGUGCUCAUGGGGCAGAAGUACCUGGUGCCUCCAAGGAGCAGCUUCCUCCUCUCUGAUGUCUCCUGCCUGCAGCCCCUGCUGAGCUGUGAGUAUCUGCAGCUGCCAGGGCUGAGCUCUGGCCUCCCUGCUGCCUGGGCAGGAGCACAGCUGCUGCAGGCUGCCAAGGUGCUGCUUCGCCAGAGGAGAUUUGAGGUCAUUGUGCUGGACCCCCCGUGGGAGAACAAGUCCCUGAAGAGGAGCAAGAGCUACAGCCCCCUGGCCCCCUGGCAGAUCAAGCAGCUCCCUGUGCCCGCCCUGGCAGCGCCCAGCUGCCUGGUGCUCACCUGGGUGACCAACAGGCAGCGGCACCUGCGCUUCGUCAGGGAGCAGCUCUACCCUCACUGGGCCCUGCAGCCCCUGGCAGAGUGGUACUGGGUCAAGAUCACCAGGGCUGGAGAGUUUGUGCUGCCUCUGGACUCCCUGCACAAGAAGCCCUACGAGGUGCUGGUGCUGGGGAGGGCUGGAGCAGCCCCCCAGGAGGCCUCCAGGGAAGCUGAAGCUGUGCCUGAAAUCCCAGCUCAGAAGCUGAUUGUCAGUGUCCCCUGCAGCCUGCACUCACACAAGCCCCCCUGGCUGGUAGGGGUGCUGGCAGAGUUUGUCAAGCCAGAUGUGCAGUGCCUGGAGCUCUUUGCCCGCAGCCUGCAGCCCGGCUGGACCAGCUGGGGAAACGAGGUCCUCAAGUUCCAGCACAUGGAUUAUUUCACUCCUCUGGGGGAUGAAAGCUGA